AUGUAUUUUAUUUUGCAUUAUUGCUGGUUUCAAUUGGGGAAAUUUGGUUUGCUAGGGUUUUUGAUUUCUGAAUUAUCAUCUCAGUUUACUAUGGAGAUGGCUGGGAGUGAGAUUCUGAAUAUACCAAAGAGCUACUCUCUCAACAUGUCCAAAGAUUUCGUUCCCAUGGGAAUUUUCUCCGAGUCGAUUCAAGGAAGAGUUGCAGUGGAAGGAAAAGUGGAGCAUAAAUUUGAUAUGAAACCCCACCAUGCAAACAUUGAAGAGUACAGAAAAAUGUGUCGGGAAAGGACAAAUAAGUCCAUGGUUAAGAAUAGACAAAUCCAGGUACUCAAUAAUGAUCGUGGCGUACACAUGAGACCCAUGCCUGGAAUGAUGGGAUUCAUUACAUCGAAUUCUAAAGAUAAGAAAAAGGCAGCUCCAGUUAAGGGGGCUGAUAUGAAAAGAACUAGAAGGGAUCGCGGGGAGCUGGAAGAUAUCAUGUUCAAGCUUUUUGAGAGGCAACCUAAUUGGACACUCAAACAGCUGGUUCAAGAGACUGAUCAACCCCCUCAAUUUUUGAAGGAGAUAUUAAAUGAGCUAUGCGUGUACAAUAAAAGAGGAACAAACCAAGGUACUUAUGAGCUCAAGCCAGAGUAUAAGAAAUCUGUUGAGGAUACAGAUGCUGAAACAUGACUUGGCAUUGUUCGUGUACAUUAUAUUACAAUGAAGAGAUAUUAUGUUCUGUAAGAAAACAAGCCCCAAUAUUUAAUCCCGUACAUCUCUUUUUGAUGUGGAGAUGUGUCUAGAUCUACAGUCGUCAUAGAACUAUAAAUGGAAGGGAUUAAUGCCAAAAGGAAAAAUGCCCUGCCGUUUGUGGAUUAAGUUACAUUGUGGAUCUACAAAUUUUCAUUAGGCCAUUAGUAUAUUAUGUCUAUUUGCUGUUUUCUCUUCCAUCGAACUUUUGUUAAUGUUUUAUUCAGUUAUGAUAUUUUUUUCAUUCAAUUUCC